CACUACUGGGGACAGACUGAUCAACAGACUCAACGGCACAAACUCUGAGAGAAACACAGGAAACUGGAAGCGCUUAAAGCUAAGGAAGCAUCUGUAGAAUUUAAACUCACGCUCCAAGCAUUCAGCGUACUGUUUUUGCACCACUUUUUCGAUUUGUGCAACACUUUAAACGCAUUAAAUUGCAAUGGGUUCUGACUGUGGCUCCAACUGCAGCCGCUCCUCCUCCCCCGACCUGGUGGUGGAUGAUCACGCUGGGAGCUUUUUCUCCAACAAGAUGUUCCAGUCAUACUGCCAAGAGAACAGAGAGGACAGCGAGGCCGGCCAGGACAGGACGGUGGACGGACAGACCGAGGCCGGGACCGAUCUCAGCAAGAUCGACACCCAAGACCUGAGACUGAAAGUGAACAGCCGGGAGCGCAAGAGGAUGCACGAUCUGAACACGGCCAUGGACAGCCUGAGAGAGGUCAUGCCCUACGCUCACGGGCCUUCAGUCCGCAAGCUGUCCAAGAUCUCCACCUUGAUGUUAGCUCGCAACUACAUCCUCAUGCUGUCCGGCUCCUUGGACGAGAUGAAGAAGUUGGUGGGGGAUGUUUACGGAGGAAGUGCUGCCGCCCAGAGCCGCACCGCUGCCCACCCUGCUAUCACCCCUGCGGCCCCAACUGCCCACCACCCUCUGCAUCAUCUGGCCCACUCUCUGCACUCUCUGGCGGCCAGCGCCCCUUCAGCUCUGCAACAUCACUCUUCUCACGCCACGGCCCUGCACUCGCCUCCAUCAGCAGGCUUCCUGGGUUUCCAUGCACCGGUGCAGAGCCUUAUGAAGGACCCCCUCCACCUGGCCGGGUGCUACAGGCACUUCCCCGGCAUGCCCUGCCCCUGCUCACUCUGCCAGCCUUUACCCACCUCCACGUUACACAGCCUGUCUCUGAGCAAGUGAGCUGGACUCUAAAAAAAACGACCUCUGUUGCUGGGAUCAUCACAAUGACUAAAGCAGCACAGAGGAGAUUGUUACAUGAACUCCUAAAAAGAUUGCUGGUGCCAGAGCUUGUAAAUACUGUAUAUAUCUUCUACCAUGCCAACUGCUGCUUUUUUCUAUCAAAUUACACUUCUGCAUUGUUUAUACAGAAAUAUUCUAUGUGCACGCAGGUUUUUUACCGGUGGCAAAAACUGUAAUUUAUCUGAUAUCUGUGGUGAUGAGACAUUGUCAGAGAUGGAACCGGUGUGUAUUAUUGUAUUGCAGGAUUUCUAUUUUCCUAAAUUAAAGUUUUGUUAUAAUAAGAA